AUGGUGCACGCGUGGCAUGCGCUGCCAUCCACGGCAGGGGUGCACUUGCCAAUGACACUCUGCGGAGGGCAGUGCUUCCGUUGGCGUCGCACACCGCGGGGCACUUGGGUUGGCGUGGUGGAACGGGGCGUGUACGAGCUCUCUGACGCCCCUUAUUCGUCCGAGUUACCAGCAUUUCAGCAGAAAGAGGAGGCAAAACAAGGGUUACGUUCUUCUUUUUCGUCCUUUUCUGAGUCCCAUGGGGAUGCUUUGUGGUUUCGCUGCCUUCAUCGUGAGCUAAAGACAGCAUUGGAGGUGUCCGCAGAAGCCCGUUUUUUAUGUCAUUAUCUGGCUUUAGAUGUGGACCUGCAACAGUUAUGGCGACGCUGGACACUGGAAAAUCCGAGGCACGACCAUCCUCUGGUACGCUACCUCACUUUGAACAGGGGCGAAAAACAUCCCGUCAACAUUCGUCAUUUGCGGCAGGAUCUUCAUGAAACGCUGCUAGCGUUUCUCUGCUCACAGAAUAAUAACGUGCAGCGCAUCACGGGACUUGUGGAGAAACUGGCCACCUGCUACGGAGAUUGCUUAUGUGAGUACAACCCUGUAACGGGCGAUGUUCGAAACGUGAGCUCUUCGUACCAUAGCCCUAAGAAGAGUAAAAAAAAUGUCAACAAGGCUACUAAAGGAGACGAGGAUUGGAUAACUUUACACUCUAUGCCUAGCAUGGAUCAAUUAGCCAGCAGGUCUGAAGAUGAAUUGCGUGCGCUUGGUUUUGGGUACCGUGGGAAGUAUAUUAUUAAGUGUGCUUCCAUCAUUCAGGCCAGUGGUACAAGCAAACAAAAAAGAGGGAAAGGAGGAACUGGACCUGUCUCUGUCAUGUACUCUUACAAGUGGUAUGACGAGUUUUUGAACGCGAGUCUCAGUUUGUCUGAGCAGCGGGAAAAACUUUUGUCACUUCCUGGUGUGGGACGCAAAGUAGCUGAUUGUGUCCUUUUAUUCGCUCUGGGUCAUCACGAGCUUGUGCCUGUUGAUACGCACAUGGCACAAGUUGCGACAGAGUACUUUGCUAAGGCGGAAGUGUGUGGGAAAAAGUACUAUUCCGACGUAAUUGGGCGGGACCGAAAACGAGAUCGUGGAGGGGAAUCCUUAUCGGCAGGAGUAUCAGUCAAGGGACUAGAUUGGAAAAUAGUCUUGGCAGAUUGGUAUAGGAAAGGGAAAGAACAUGACAUGAAGAUGCCGGCGCUUUCGUCUAAACAUCAUGAUGCCAUUCAGUUGGGGUUUAAGGAGCUUUUUGGUGAUUACUGUGGUUGGGCACACAGUAUUCUCUUUUGCGCACGCAUGAGGAAAGGGAAGCAAAAUUCGUGA